CGAAGCAUUAAUGACUCGCCCCCCUCGUCCGCUACAGAAAGCCAAGAUGGUUAGAGAUGGGUCACUCCCACCCACUGAUUCUCUCAAUCAUAACACACCCCACUCUCUCUCUCUCUCUCUCUCUCUCUCUCUCUCUCUCUCUCUCAUAAAUCCACAACCCACCUUUACCAUAAACCAUCUUUUCUUGACAAACAUCACAAAAACCACUAAUGCCACUCCCCACUUCACUCCGACCAGACUAGUCCCAUCCUUACCCCCUUAACACUCUCUCUCUCUCUCUCCCUUCCCUUAUUGAACUAAAACUUUUCUCUCUAUAAAAAAGCAAUUUUAAUUUUCUUAUAUAAUCUUUUAAAUUUUCCCUUUUUACAUACAAAUUAAAUAUAUCCAACUUUAUUAUUAUUUUCAUAAAUAUCAUCAUCAUAUAUAUAUAUAAGAAUAAUUCUUGUUGAUCCGGCUAUAUAUUCCACAAAUUUAAGCAAUAAUUUAAAAAAAAAAGAAUGUCACUGGACAUGAUGGCCUCCGAACGUGUUUGUUAUGUUCAAUGCAACCUCUGCAACACCAUCUUAGCGGUGAGUGUUCCAUGCAGCAGCUUAUUUACCAUCGUGACAGUGAGAUGUGGGCAUUGUGCAAAUCUGUUGUCUGUCAAUAUGGGAACUUCAAUGCCAACUAUGGCUCCUCAAGAUCAUCCCCAGAAUAAUAAACAGAUUAUUGUAAGCUCAGAAGGUUCAGGUAAGGAGUAUGGAUCAUCGUCUUCCAAGUCCAACAAGAAUAAGCACGCCACAGUUGAACCUGUAAAGCAUGAUCAACCUAUUAGAACCCCUCCCAUUCGUCCUCCAGAGAAAAGACAACGGGUUCCAUCUGCAUAUAACAGGUUUAUUAAGGAGGAAAUUCAAAGGAUUAAAGCUAGUAACCCUGAUAUAAGUCACAGAGAAGCUUUUAGCACUGCAGCUAAAAAUUGGGCACAUUUUCCUCACAUCCACUUUGGGCUAAAACUGGAUGGCACAAACAACAAGCAAGCAAAACUUGACAAAACAAUUGCAGGAGAUCAUCAUCAGGGAACCCAAAAGACCAAUGGAUUCUACUGAAAAACAAAUGGUACUUCUGUGAAUAUAUAUAUAUAGCUAUAUAUAUAGCUAGCUAUAUUUAGCUAGUAUUGUUUUUGUUUUUGGUUUAAUUUUUUUUUGUUUUGUUUUCAUUUGUAAGAAUAAUUUGAAUAAUAUAUAUGCAUUAUGUAUGUGUAUGUAAGCACCAUAUAUUUGGCAAAUUAUGAGGUUGUUGGUGACGUUUCCUAAUAACUAUUUAGGAAUAUGGCAUCUUUAAAAAACCUUUAGACUUUUACGUGUGCUCACUCUUUCUUUUCUUUUCUUUUCUUUCCCCUUUCAAACGUUGUUUAUGUAUGUAUGUAAUUCAAUUUAACUUUAUCAUUUUUAAGUAAUAAUAAUGUUUAGAUGUCUA